GCUCAGUUGUGUGUGUGUAUUUGUUUACUAGUGUUAUAGACUUGUCUGUAAAAAUUCCCAUAAGAAAUGUGAUGAUCAGUUCUUGAAAUACAGAGCAAAGACUGGUUUUUUAUGUUUACUUCAAUGUGAUGAUCAGUUCUUGAAAUUUAGAGAAAAGACUGGUUUUUUAUGUUUACUUCAGUGUGAUGGGGGGAAUGUGAUUUCUUCAACUAUCUGUUAACAAUGGCUGAAUCAGUGUUCCUCAAAUAUAAGUUGAAGCUUCCAGUAAGCUCUAAUCCGCGAAGCCUGGGGUCAUUUCCGCGUGUUCAACUACAUUUUCGAAGCUAUGAACUACACUUAAAGAAGAGUAAUUGCUUAGGACAAUCCAUCAGUUGCUCUAGUAGGCCUACACCGGUCUCUGCAGUAAGCUCAGACCGUGCACAUUCCAUAAGCCAGAAACCUCUGCGAGUGAAGCACAAGAGCUUCAAGGAAUGGGACGAGGUCACAGCAAAAUUCGCUGGAGCUGCGAACAUCCCGUUUCUCUUACUGCAACUGCCUCAGAUCAUGCUCAAUUAUCAGAAUCUGAUGGCAGGGAAUAAGUCUGCACUUUUGGCUGUUCCAUGGCUGGGUAUGCUUACUGGAUUGCUCGGGAAUCUUUCUUUGCUCUCGUAUUUUAUCAAGAAGAGGGAAAGUGAAGCAGUGGCGAUCCAGUUGGUAGGAGUCGUGUCCAUAUACGUUGUCCUUUGGCAGCUGGCUAUGGCUGAAGCUAUGCCUCUUCCCCAUUUUGUGGCCACUUCCAUAGUGACUGUGUCCGGUGUCGUUAUAAAUUUGAUGAAACGCUUCGAUUUGCUUGCUCGUGGAGUCUGGAAAUAUUGGGAAGAGUUUAUUACCAUAGCCGGCCUAUCUGCACUUCCACAAGUCAUGUGGUCGACUUUCGUCCCAAUAGUACCUAACACUGUCUUGCCCGGCUGCAUUGCCCUUUUUACCGCAGUGCUCGCUGUUUCUAUGGCGCGGAUGGGGAAACUGUCGAAGAAAGGUGGAUCGAUAUCUGGAUGGACAACGACUCUUCUGUUUAUGUGGAUGCCUGUUGCACAAAUGUGGACAAAUCUUCAUAAUCCUGCAAAUGUCAAAGGUCUGUCUGCGGUCACAAUGUUGCUGGCCAUGGUUGGCAACGGCCUGCUGAUCCCGCGAGCAUUACUCACUCGAGACUUAAUGUGGUUCACCGGUUCGACUUGGGCGUGUGUUUUCUACGGAUGGGGCAACCUUGUCUGCCUGUACUGCUUCAAUAGUAUCAGUUGGGAGUUGUUCUUGGCUUGCAGUCUUGGCUUUCUUGCUUGGAUAGGAAUCACUUUGUGGAGAGAUGCACAAGUCCAUGGACAUCCCUCAUCCUUCACUUCUUUGAAGCACAUCAUUUUUUAACAUUGAUCUUACAAUGCUUAUUAAUACAUGGAGCAAAGUGAAUAAUGUGUAGAAGACAUGUGCAGUUUUCCUGCCGUUAAUAUACUUUGGUAGAUUACUUGUGGAGGAUAGAAUGGAUCUUUAGCAAAAUACUAGUGAUCGGAAACACUAUCAUGACCCUUGUCACGUUUUCUGUCAAUGUAUAACCCUGCAGGUUGUAGGUUGUAAAGAUGGAAUUGUUGCACAAAUGAUUACAUCUUCGUCA